UUAUACAAGUUUAGUUGUUCACAAUGUCCCUGGCGGUAGCAUUCUUGACGUCAGUUUUAUUACCAUAUAGUAUAUGUACAUUAAUAGUCGACCCUAAUGGAUAUCAAUACGAAGUGGGAACAUUGUUACCUAACGACGGAGUCUCGUUCUACCCGGAAGCAAGUCCACCAGCCAAUUACGAAUAUCAGCCAAUUACGAAUAUUCUGGAAGUUCCGCAAAUACCUGAACAGCGCAACAUUAGGCAGUUACAGCCGUCUCCACCAAAAGUUCCAACGGAUACCUCGCUCAUAAGAAAAAACUUGAACUCUGAGAUCAACGACAUCAUCGAAUCUUUGAACCAGUUGACAGAGAACAGGAUGACAGAAAACAGGAUGGAUGAGAAUCAGGAGUCGCGUGCCGCUGAGCGGGCGGACGAAUAUGGAUUGUAUCACCGCCCGUCUUAUGGAUACCCCCCAAGCCCACAGAACUAUGGACCGUGGUCUCCUUCUUACGUACCCCAAUACAAACACGAACUAUCUCCCAAACUAUCACUGUUAAAGCCAGAUCUACUAGUGAAACCAGUGGCUACGAAGGCGGCAAGUAAGAUCAGCGGUCUGAUUGAGCUGGUCCUCGCGUUGCUGUCUGGAUCUGCCCCCAACGAUUGGGAGCUAAAAGGUUUCAAGGAUAUUGUCAUCAACGGGAUAGUGAAGCCUUUGCUGACUGCUAAAGGUGGUCUGAAGUCUUUGAUCAGUAAGUUGAGCAUUCCAGUGAUUUCUCUAUUGUUGAUAAAUUUGGAAGUGCUGAUAACUAUUUGGUGGUUGUGGGAGGAGGACUGCCCCCAGCCGGUGUACCACCACCCAUCCCAUGGAUACGCACCGAAGCCGUCUUAUCACGCUCCAAGCUAUCCUACUCAAAGCUAUUCUCCUAGCUUUAACUACAAUCCGUAUAAAUAAUUCUACGAAGAAUUAAAUUGAUCCCAGUUUUGUAAUAAAAGCUGUCUCACAACCAUUAUCUGCGUG